AUGACUAACCGAGCCUCGAGUGGAAGUACAAGCCGCUCGGGAACAGCAACCCAUACAUCGUCGCUAAGAAAAGAUGUUGAAGUAUUCAGCAAGUACAAAAGAGAACCCGUUCUUGUUGACUUGUAUCAUCAACAAGGAAGAGAUUCAAAAUUAUACUAUCACCAAGAAGGAAAUAGAAAUGUACAUUUAGAUUACACUCCAAACAUGUCACUGGUGGAACGAAGAGAACCAUCCUUUGUUGACUACACAAAAAAAGGGCAGUUUAGUAAUAGGUUAUCGAAAUUAAUUAAUGAUCAGCCUUCUACCCUUGAUUACACACCUCACUACACUUUUGUGCAUGAAAGACCCAAAUGUGGUGUCAAUAUGAGAAAAUCUACUGAUAGAGACAAACAUUACUUCUCCAUAAACGAAUCCAAAAAGCAAAGCAUUACAAACAAUGUGGGUUUUGUGAAUUCAAAAUCCACAAUUGUGGAAGAUCAACAAGAUCGUUUUGUAAAAAGAGCUACUAAUAUUUAUCAAGGAAGUGAGACUCAUGCUCUGGACAUGUCAAAGAUGACUUCACGAACAGAUUCACAUACUGACUCCAACGAUCCAGGCUUCAAAUACCAACCCAUUUAUUCUGCUACCUUACCUAAAGUUUCACAUUACUACGACAUGGGAAAGCAAUCUGACCGAACGAAAGCCAAAACAGCGUGGAUACCCUCUAGAUCUGAGUCUUCGAAACAUUAUGAUGUCUCCUUCCAAAGCGUCGAGAUUCCUCCCAAGAACUAUGUCAACAUGAAGAGGAGUACAGGAAGAGAAUCAAAGAAGAAGAAAUCAAGCUUUGUAGACUUAUCGUAUACACCAAAUCACUCAUUGACAGAAGGUAAAAGUGCAUGGUCUACGGACUUGUUUCUUACGUCUGGUCGCGGUGAUGAUGUAAAAGAUAUCACACAAAGUGCAGAGAAUCUUGUACGGCGAGUUAGGAGAGAGCUUCGUAAGCUCAAUCAGAUUCACCACUGA